GUGGAGCUUUGUGUGCGGACCGGACGUGAAGACAGAGCUGACUUCCGGUUGUGUCAGUGGGUGAAAGGUGAAGAAGACGUGUGGAGGUUCUAUAAUCACAGACAGUGAGAACUUCAGAUUUUCCUCUGGAACCUUUGACGAUGCUGCAGAACACAGGGAAGUUAGCCGGCUGCACGCUCUUCAUCACUGGAGCAAGUCGAGGCAUCGGUAAAGCCAUUGCGCUGAAAGCUGCCAGAGAUGGAGCCAACAUCGUUAUUGCUGCCAAGACAGCUGAGCCCCACCCCAAACUACCAGGGACCAUCUACACAGCUGCUCAGGAGGUGGAGGCAGCGGGGGGGAAAGCGUUGCCCUGUAUAGUCGACAUCCGUGAUGAGAAGCAGGUGGGAGAAGCUGUUAAGAAAGCCGUGGAGAUGUUUGGAGGUAUCGACAUCCUGGUGAACAACGCCAGCGCCAUCAAUCUGACGGGAACCCUAGACACGCCAAUGAAGAAGGUGGAUCUGAUGCUGGGAGUCAACAUGAGAGGAACAUACAUGACUUCUAAGCUGGUCAUCCCUCACUUGCUGAAGAGUCGCAGCCCUCACAUCCUGAACCUGUCACCGCCACUCAACCUCAACCCAGUGUGGUUCAAGAACCACACAGCGUAUACGAUGGCAAAGUACGGUAUGUCCAUGUGCGUCCUGGGAAUGGCCGAAGAAUUCAGAGGUCAAAUUGCUGUCAACGCCCUCUGGCCCAAAACAGCGAUCCAGACUGCAGCCAUGGACAUGUUGGGUGGGGAGGAAGUUGGUAAGCAGUGUCGUACAUCGGACAUCAUGGCAGAUGCCGCUUACGCAAUCCUGUCCCAACCAAAGGACUACACAGGCCACUUCGUGGUGGACGAGGACAUCCUUAGAGAGCAGGGCAUCCAAGACUUUGAGCAGUACGCAGUCCAACCAGGUCACCCUCUGCUGCCAGACUUCUUCCUGGACGAAGCACCAGAGGUGCUGGCCCAACAGAUGGAGCAACAUGGGGCGACCCCAGCCUUCAAAUCAUCGUCUUCGACCACGCCUCCGUCCAGUGGACCAAUAGAAAGCACGUUUGAUGUCAUCAGAGGAGUCAUUAACGAUGACUUGGUCAAGUCGACCCAGGGCAUUUAUCAGUUUGACCUGUCAGGAGAACACGUGGGCGUUUGGUUUCUGGACUUGAAGAGUGGCUCUGGCAGUGCGGGGCCGGGCCAGCCAUCAAUCAAAGCUGAUGUCAUCAUGACGAUGGACUCCAAGGACUUCAGCAAGAUGUUCGCAGGUAAAUUGAAGCCCACAAUGGCCUUCAUGUCCGGAAAGCUGCGGAUUAAAGGAGACAUGACGCUUGCCCUCAAACUGGAGAAACUGAUGGGCCGCAUGUACAAGGCUCAUCUGUGAGACUGAAGCCCCGCCCACAGCUCCUAUCAGGCCCCCCUCGACAAUGUUUGUUGCUGUACAUGUUGCCUUGACGACAAAAAUAAUGUCAUUAAAUGCAAGACAUGAGUAAAGUCUGCGUUAAUAAUAAAGUGUGGUUUAAUCAUGACACUGCUCAUGUGACUGAGAAGUGACCUCAUCAUGACACCGUAGUGAUGAAACUGUGAUGUCAUGAAACAUGUAGAAACCAGCACCUGACUUGACAUGUGAACACGCGUGUUCUGGUUUACAGUAGUUUUAUAGAAUCCAUGAUGUCACAUGCAGAAACACAAGAUUCUGAUCUUAUUUCCAUGACUAUUAUUAAUACAUUAUAUUAAUCUUAUUAAAUAAUAUUAGCUCAGUAGGGACAGAGUUAUUCUUGAUUUUAAUGUACGUUGACAAGUGACGAGAUCAUUAUCGUUUUGCCUAUAAGUUUGUGUUUUACUUAACGAUUCCCCCAGGGGGCACCAGAGAGCUCUGACUGUACAGAACUACCAGAUGGGUGUGUUGUGAACAAUAAACUGGAAUUUUGAACUCUU